CCACGUCGUAAACGCGCAUGUCAAACUCGCUGCAGAGAUCCUGCUGCCUUGGAUCUCACGAUUAAUCGCGGGGAUGGUGUUGACAGAGAUAGGCGGCAGACCACCAGUUUACGUGUUUAAAUAGCUGUCAGCGCCAGGUAAUAUUACAUUUACACAGAGGAGCACAAAGUCUUUGGAGCCCACUUGUUUGUGGGGGAAGAAGACGCUGCCAGGCGGUGGAAAACGUUUACGUUACUCAUGGAAUCCCCAGUCGCUGCUAGAUGGAGAAACCGAAAGGAUGGACUCGUUAUAAAUAAUUAACCUUCCUGCUGCUAAAUUAUAAGUAAAAUGCAUCUACAUCAGGUGCUGACGGGAGCUGUAAACCCAGGAGAUUGCUGCUAUUCGGUGGGAAGCGUGAAUGACAUUCCUUUCACGGCCUAUGGCUCUGGGUGUGAUGUAGUGAUCUUAGCUAGUGACUUUGAGUGUGUGCAGAUUAUCCCUGGAGCUCAGAAUGGAAACAUACAGGUGGGUUGCGUGGAGUGCUCCCACCAUCUUGGCAGGAUCGCUGCAUCCUAUGGAAACACAGUCUGCAUCUUUGAACCUCUUUCUACAAAUCCAAACAAACGCCACAAGCAUCUUAACUAUCAGUGGCAAAAGACAGGACAGUUUUUCCUUGAUGCCAUCACCUACAACCUGGCCUGGGACCCUCAAGGGAACCGUAUCCUAGCAGCAACUGAGCAGCUACAGCUGUGGGCUCCUCCACUGACAGAUGCCCUAAUAGAGGAGGAGGAUGGGCAGAUCACAGAGGACAAGCCCCACCCUGUCCUCAAUGACUGGAACUGUGUCUGGCAGUGCAAAACUGCCGCAUCUCUUCACAUUGCCAAGUGGUCACCUGAUGGGGAAUACUUUGCAACAGUUGGAAAGGAUGACUGUUUACUUAAGGUUUGGUACCCUACCACGGGCUGGCGUUCUGCAGUGGUGGUGCAGGACCCCUCUGAUAAAAAGCCUGUUCCCGUUCACUUUUCCUUCGUUUAUCUGGCCCAUCCUCGAUCUGUCACUGGUAUGUCCUGGAGGAAGACCAGCAAGUUCAUGCCCAAAGGUUCAGUGUGCAAUGUGUUGCUGACAUCCUGCGAGGAUGGUGUGUGUAGGUUGUGGUCGGAGACCCUGCUACCAGAAGACAGCCUUCUCGGGGGACAGAUCUCUGAGAACACACACUCCUACAGCUCUAGCCUGCCAGGCCUUGUGGGCAAUAAGGACAAGAUACAGCAUGCCUUGGAGUCAAUCCACCACCUGAAGCAUCUGCGACGUGGUCGUCGACGGUCCUCUGCUCUGGUGGCACACAGUGAGCUGCUGCCCUCUCAGCUUGGCACACAGGACAUGCACAGUCAUCGUCACAUUACUCAUCACGCCAAUGCCCUGUGUCACUUCCAUAUCUCAGCCAGUAUUAACCCCAACACAGAUAUUCCAUCAGUACUGGCUGACUCUGCAGUGUUCAUUGCCGAUGAUAGUACUGGCGGUGGAGGCUUUGUGGUUCACUGGCUAAACAAUAAGGAUCUCAGCUUUACUUCUUCCAUGGACCUUUUUAUGCUGCAGCUCCGAAGAAUCUCUGAACAACAGCUAGACCAACCUUUAGAGGAGCCCCCCGACCCCGAAGGGUCCCCUAUGAAGUUCGAUUUUGAUCUAGAUGACAUGUCUGAUAAAGCCUCCUCAGAGCCCGGUGAAGAGGGUGAACCAGGGGAGCAGGGAAGUACCAAGGCAUCCUCCCCAGGAUCCAGUUCCAGCAUGCCUUUGCCCUCAAUGCUACUGGAGAGAAAGAUGGAGAUUCUGAUCACAGAGUGGAACAAAAGUCCAGACAUGUUGUUCACCAUUCAUCCUGCUGAUGGCUCUUUCCUGGUUUGGCAUGUGAAGUAUUUGGAUGAAUUUAACCAAGGCAUAUUCAGACAGGUUCAGGUCUCUUUCUCAUCCCGUAUUCCAGUGGCAUUUCCUACAGGUGAUGCCAACUCACUGAGUAAAAACAUUUUGAUGUAUGCUUGCACCUUGAGUGAGGGUGAGAGUCCUGGUGCAGGGGACCAGGGAAAGACAGUCCAGCGCGUCUCCUACUCUGCUUCAGCCUCAGCGGGCCUUUGUUCACCUGCUUUGACAUACUCUCCCAAUCCUUGCCCUGGUAUCAGCCCUGCUGUCAUGAUGGUCUCUAAACAUGUUGAUGGAUCUCUUAACCAGUGGGCAGUAACAUUUGCUGAGCGUUCUGCCUUCUCCAAUGUAUUGACUGUGUCGCACAAGUUCCGAUACUGUGGUCAUCGCUUCCAUCUGAAUGACCAAGCCUGCCACACAGUACUGCCACUGCUACUGACCUCCUCUCAUCAUAACGCCCUCCUGACGCCUCCCUCAGCCCCUACCAGCCUGGAAGGAGAGGAGCCUCCUACCUUUCCCCUUCCAAAGGGACUUCCUAGCAAGAAGCAGCUUCGUAAUGCAGCUACAAGGACGUUCCAUGACCCCAACGCUAUCUAUAGUGAACUGAUUUUGUGGAGGGUGGACCACAUUGGACCACUGUCGUGCACAGGAGGGGUCUCUGAAUUGGCUCGUAUAAACUCUCUGCACACGUCGGCUUUCAGCAAUGUUGCUUGGCUACCUUCACUAGUACCAAGCUCUGUUCUAGGAACUUACUGUAAUAGUGCCAGCGCCUGUUUUGUGGCAUCAGAUGGUAAAAAUCUGCGUCUCUAUCAAGCUGUGGUGGAUGCCAGAAAACUAUUGGAUGAACUGUCAGAUCCUGAAACAUCUAAAUUGGUGGGCGAGGUAUUCAAUAUUGUCAGCCAGCAGUCUACUGCCAGACCUGGAUGUAUCAUAGAGUUGGAUGUUAUUACCAAUCAGUGUGGCCCAAACACCCAGCUGCUUCAUGUUUUCCAAGAGGACUUCAUUCUAGGUUACAAACCUCAGAAAGAAGCAGAGGCGAAUCCCUUUCCAUCUGGUGAAGAUUUUCAACCUGCUCCAUUUUCUGAGAAGUUCUUCCUGGUGGUGAUAGAAAAAGAUCUCAACAGGAACUCUGUUCUACAGAUGUGGCACCUGCACCUCAAAUCUGUACAGGCUUGUGUUGAUGAGCUGAGCCCAGAGUAUAACGUCCAAAACCAGUUAAUGGUUCCUAGUCAGAUGGUUGCGGACUCAUCUCCUGAGACUUCUCCAAUAAGACCCCUGCCACGGUCAGGAUCUACUGCCAACCUGCAAUCAGCGAGCAAACUCAUCCUCAGCUCCAAGUUGGUUUACAGCAAGAGGCUUGACCUACCCCAUGGGGUGGAGGUUACCAGGGCCACCCCCUCUGCAGGUCAUCUGAGCUCCUCCUCUAUCUACCCUGUGUGCCUGGCUCCUUACAUGAUUGUUACUACCUGCUCUGACUCGUGUGUGCGGUUCUGGCGUUGUGCCGUGGAGGCCGUUGAAGGUUAUAGUGAAGAUUGCAAGGACAACCGUGCAUACUGCUGGGAGCCGUGGUCCCUGAUGAACGAGGAGGAAGACAACAACAGUACUGUGUGUGUGCCAGGACGACCUGUAGCUGUAUCUUGCUCCUAUAUUGGUAGGCUGGCCGUUGCCUUCAAGCAACCACGACACGGACAACUGCAGGGUUCUCGAGAGGAUUUCUCUAUGCACGUGUCCAUAUAUGAGUGUGAGUCCACUGGUGGCUCAGAGUGGGUUUUAGAACAAACUGUUCACCUGGAUGACUUCACCAGACCUACAUCGACCCUGGAUCCAAGAGUCAGUGUGGACUCCAACCUUUUUGUCUACAGCAGGUCUGAUUUGUACAUGAGCAGAGACCAUAGCUCCCCUAACAUCAAGCAUUAUGUACAUCUGGACUGGCUGUCAAAGGAGGAUGGAUCUCACAUCCUCACCGUGGGGGUUGGAUCCAACAUCCUCAUGUAUGGCAGGAUCUCUGGCAUUGUCAAUGAGCAGAUUAGCAGUAAAGAGGGAGUUGCUGUCAUCACCCUGCCUCUGGGGGGCAGUAUUAAACAGGGCAUACGCUCACGCUGGAUCUUGCUUCGCACUGUGGAUCUCCUGUCUUCUGUGGACGGCACACCAUCGCUGCCAGUGUCCCUGUCCUGGGUGAGAGAUGGCAUCCUGGUGGUGGGCAUGGACUGUGAAAUGCAUGUUUAUGCCCAAUGGUAUCAGGACAAGAAACCUGGUGAGGGAGAGGACGGCAACCUGUCAACUGCAGAUAUCGCGGGAGGUCCACCCAUGGGUCCACCUUCUGUUUUUGAGGGAAGAGCCAGGUCUAAGAGUGUGUUUGAAGGAAGUGCUGCAGUGGAUGAGGCCCUUCGUGCCCCAGCAGGUCUGCAGGAAGGGGGACUAUUUGAAGCAGCUCACUCACUGUCUCCAACUCUACCCCAGUACCAUCCCACCCAGCUGCUGGAACUUAUGGACCUUGGCAGGGUUCGCCGUGCAAAGGCCAUCCUCGCUCACUUGGUGAAGUGUAUUGCUGGAGAAGUUGCUGUGGUCAGGGAUGUGGAGGCAGGUGAGGGUGGAGCCAGGAGACAUCUUUCCCGGACCAUCAGUGUAACUGGUAGCACCGCAAAAGACACCAUCGUGACUGGCCGUGAUGGGGGUAGGGAUUAUACAGAAAUCAACUCCAUUCCUCCUUUGCCACUCUACGCCCUCAUGUUGGCAGACCUAGAUACUUCAUACAAAGGACCAGAAGAGGCUGCAAAGGGAAAUAAGAUGACUGACAGUGAAGGAACACAAAAAUCUGCAGAGGAUCAGUAUGCUGACCUUUUCCAGGUCCCAACAGUCACAACCGAUGACUUUGUGAACUUUGCCACUGACAAACCAGAAAAGAAGUCUAGAGUUAUCAACCUCUCUCAAUAUGGGCCCACCUACUUUGGACCAGAGCAUGCUCAGGUGUUAUCCAGUCAUCUUAUGCACUCCAGUUUACCAGGGCUGACAAGAUUAGAGCAGAUGUUCUUAGUGGCCUUGGCUGAUACUGUUGCCACUACCAGUGCUGAGGUCACCAGCACCACUGAUCAGCAGUACACAGGUGGUGAGGCUCUUGAUGAGUGUGGAUUAAGGUACUUGCUGGCUAUGCGUCUUCAUACCUGCCUGCUCACGUCCCUGCCCCCUCUGUACCGCAUGCAACUGCUGCACCAGGGGCUAUCAACAUGUCAUUUUGCGUGGGCCUUUCACUCAGAAGCAGAAGAAGAGCUGCUUAACAUGAUUCCAGCCAUGCAGAGAGGUGACCCACAGUGGUCUGAGCUAAGAGCUGUUGGGGUGGGUUGGUGGAUACGGAACAUCAACACUCUGAGGAAAAUGGUGGAGAAGUUAGGAAAAGCUGCGUUUCAGAGGCACAACGACCCUUUGGAUGCUGCUCUGUUCUACUUGGCUAUGAAAAAGAAAGCUGUCCUGUGGGGACUCUUCAGGUCUCAGCAUGAUGAGAAGAUGACCCAGUUCUUCAAGAACAACUUCAGUGAAGACCGAUGGAGAAAGGCCGCUCUAAAAAAUGCUUUCUCCCUCCUGGGGAAGCAGCGCUUUGAACAGUCUUCUGCCUUCUUCUUACUUGCCGGAUCUCUCAAAGAUGCCAUAGAGGUGUUGAUGGAGAAGAUGGAGGAUAUUCAAUUAGCCAUGAUAGUAGCAAGACUGUAUGAGGCUGAUUUUGAGAAUUCAUCAACUUGCCAAGGCCUUCUUUAUGAAAAAGUCUUGGGCUGCAACAGAGAUGGAAGUGGUUACCAUUGCUCCAGACUGCACCCAGACCCUUUCCUCCGCAGCAUAUCCUACUGGAUCAUGAAGGACUACACACAAGCCCUGGACACUUUGUUGGAACAAAUCCCCAAAGAGGAUGAUGAGAAUCCUGAUGUGAUGGUAAAGUCUUGCAACCCUGUGGUAUUCAGUUUCUAUAACUACCUGAGAACACAUCCACUGAUCAUCCGUCGUUACUUUGCAAAUCCAGAGGGCACAGCGGUAACUGUGGGUCUUACUGCUGAAAUGAGUAGUGCAGAUGAGAUAAACCUCAUAGAGCGUAAAUUGUUCUUCACUACUGCCAAUGCACACUUUAAGGUGGGCUGCCCGGUUCUGGCUCUGGAAGUACUCUCUAAAAUUCCCAAAGUUGCCAAGAAAUUUGGCUCCUCACCUCUUAGUAAAGCUUCAUCCAAGGCAACCUUAAACUCCAGCCAACCCUUGGAAAAUGGCACCCAGGGAGGUGUGGACUGGGGCCCCCCAGCUACACCUGCCCAUGCCUGGGGAGGAAAUUAUAGUCUAAGUGGUUUGGACUGGAGUCAACCUAUGGUCAAAGUGGAGGAAGAUGAACUCAAGCUGGAUUGGGGAGAUGACAAGGCAGGUGAUGAUGAUGACGAUGAGGACAACGAUGAUAAUGGGCUGACUAUGAAGAAACCAGAGUCCAAAGAAAAAAGAGUCUCAGAUGGUGGCAUGUCAAAGCUUCAAAGAGAUGACUCACAGGGUGAAUCCGAGGUGGAUGUUAUAGCAGAGCAGCUGAAGUUCCGUGCCUGUCUGAAGAUCUUGAUGACAGAGUUGCGUACACUUGCUACAGGCUUUGAGGUGGAUGGUGGGAAGCUCCGCUUUCAGCUCUACAGUUGGCUGGAAAAGGAAAUAGCAGCCAUACAUAAGAUCUGUAACUACAAGGUGGAGGGCAAGGAGGAAGACUCAGACGAACACUGUAAAGAGCGCACAGGUUCAGUAGACGUAUCAGACGAGGCCCUGGAGCGCAUGGAGACUGGGGCCUAUGAGCGUCACCAGCUCGAGCGACGUCGUCUUCAGGCCAAGCAGCAGCACUCAGAAAGGCGAAAGGCAUGGUUAAGGAAGAACCAAGCCCUGCUGAGAGUGUUUCUGUCUUACUGCAGCCUUCAUGGAGCCAAGGGAGGGGGACUCACCUCUGUUCGUAUGGAACUUCUUUUUCUUCUGCAGGAGAGCCAGCAGGAGACAACAGUAAAGCAGCUGCAGUCUCCUCUGCCUCUGCCUACUACACUGCCUCUGCUGUCAGCUUGCAUUGCCACCACAAAGACAGUCAUAGCCAAUCCUGUUCUCCACCUCAGCAACCACAUUCAUGACAUCCUCCACACCAUGAACUCAAUGAAGGACCCACCACAUCCUGACAUUAUAGAUGAUAAGGUGAUCGCUCUACACACACUAGCCGCAUCCCUGUCUGCUUGCAUUUAUCAAGCACUGUGUGACAGCCAUAGCUACAGCAGUCAGACAGAGGCCAACCAGUUUACAGGAAUGGUAUACCAGGGCCUGUUGCUCAGUGAAAGGAAAAGACUACGCACGGAAAGCAUCGAAGAACAUAUAACUCCUAACUCUGCUCCUGCCCAGUGGCCAGGUGUGUCGUCCCUGAUUUCUCUGUUGACAUCUGCCAGGGAGGAGGACCAGCCGAGGCUCAACGUGCUGCUGUGUGAAGCAGUCAUAGCUGUUUACCUUGCGUUGCUCAUCCAUGGCCUGGGCACUCAUGGCAGCAAUGAACUCUUUCGCCUGGCUGCACAUCCCCUCAACAACCGCAUGUGGGCUGCUGUCUUUGGAGGAGGGGCCAAAGUCAUUGUUAAGCCAAAGAGGCCAGAAGCCCCACCAGUGUCAGCUGAUUUUGAGGCAGCCAGUCCAGAGGAGUCUCAAGAAGAGACAGGAAGCAACCUCACCCCAAAUCCCUCUCCUAUCCCCACUGAAACCCAGAUACCCAAACCAUCCCCUCCCCCAAUUACAAUGGGAGUGAGGUCAGACAUUAUGGCACCAGAAACUAGGGCCAGCUCAAUGGCUGAGCCUAGACAGGAGUGUUCAGAGGCCAAGGCUGAGACACUUUCUCGAUCUGACACUAAAGCAGUGGCUCCACCGCAGCCCCCAGCAGAGGAUGUAGACCGUUACAGACGUAGAUUCAAUAUGAGGAUGCUCGUUCCUGGACGCCCAGUGAAGGAGACGCCUGCUGCCCCACCUCCAGUGCCCACAGAGAGACCCACAUACCGGGAGAAGUUCAUUCCUCCGGAGUUGAGCAUGUGGGACUACUUUGUAGCCAAACCUUUCCUGCCAUUGUCAGACAGUAAUGCUCUGUAUGACUCUGAUGAAAGUGGGGCAGAGGACGAUGAAGAUGACGAUGAUGCCUUCCUUUCUGACACACAGAUGACGGAGCAUUCUGACCCGAACUCCUACAGCUGGGCUCUGAUUCGACUAGUCAUGGUAAAACUGGCUCAUCAAAAUGUUAAGAACUUCCUUCCUCUUGCCGGCCUUGACUUCACAGACCUGCCUGUCACUUCCCCUCUAAGCAAUGCAGUGUUAAAGACUUUAGAGAACUGGGAGCAGGUUUUGCUGGAGCGAAUGAAUAGGUUUGACGGCCCUCCUCCUAACUAUAUAAACACCUACCCCACUGACCUCAGUGCUGGAGGUGGUCCCGCCAUACUCCGACACAAGGCCAUGCUGGAGCCAGACAACACACCCUUCAAGACAAAGAACCACCAGUCUUUUCCAGCCCGCCGUCUUUGGCAUUUCCUGGUCAAACAGGAAAUUCUUCAGGAGACCUUGAUUCGCUACAUCUUCACAAAGAAAAGGAAGCAGAGUGAGUCUGUAGAGAACCAUAUGGACCACAUAAGCCCAAACUGCAUAGCAGGAGGUAGCAGUUCUUACAAGGUAGAGGCAGACCUAGGCUACCCAGGAGGCAAGGCCAAAAUCAUCCACAAGGAGUCUGAUAUCAUCAUGGCGUUUGCCAUCAACAAGGCCAACUCAAACGAGAUAGUGUUGGCCUCCACACAUGAUGUCCAGGAGGUGGAUGUUUCUACUCUAGUGGCUGUUCAACCCUACACCUGGAUAGGGGAUGACUUUGAUAAGGAGUCCUGCAGCUCUGAUGAUAUAGAUCCUCGCUCCUCUCAUACCAACAUUGCCCAGGCGAGCUCUGCCCCCUUUGCACCAACUCAGAUGCCAGUAUCUGCAUCAAUGCCAUGGCUCGGUAGUGGGCAGACCAGCAUGGGUGCCAGUGUGAUUAUGAAGAGGAAUUUGAAUAAUGUGAAGAGAAUGACUUCCCACCCCAUAUAUCAGUACUACAUGACAGGGGCUCAGGAUGGUAGUGUGAGAAUGUUUGAGUGGAACAGACCUCAACAGCUCAUUUGCUUUAGACAAGCAGGCAACGCUAGAGUUACUCGGCUCUACUUCAACUCCCAGGGCAAUAAGUGUGGAGUUGCAGAUGGAGAGGGCUUCCUUAGUCUGUGGCAGGUCAACCAGACAUCCUCCAACCCAAAACCAUACCUGAGCUGGCAGUGCCACACAAAGACCUGUGGGGAUUUUGCUUUCAUCACAUCCUCCAGCCUCAUUGCCACUGCUGGCCAGUCCAAUGAUAACCGAAAUGUUUGCCUGUGGGAUACUCUGAUUUCACCAAGCAAUACUAUGGUUCAUGCUUUCCCCUGCCAUGAGAACGGAGCCACUGUGUUGCAGUAUGCUCCUAAACAGCAGCUGCUGAUCACUGGAGGCAGAAAAGGUUUUGUUUGUGUGUUUGACAUCCGCCAGAGGCAGCUGCUCCAUACUUUCCAGGCCCAUGACUCAGCCAUCAAGGCCCUCGCACUGGAUGCCUAUGAAGAUUUCUUCGUCACUGGGUCUGCCGAGGGCAACAUGAAGGUAUGGAAGUUAGCUGGCCAUGGACUCAUGCACUCUUUCAGCACUGAGCAUGCCAAGCAGUCCAUUUUCCGUAACAUCGGCGCUGGUGUUAUGCAGGUGGAAACUCACCCAAAUAACCGCAUCUUCACCUGUGGAGCAGACGGCACCCUGAAGAUGAGGGUCCUCCCCGAUCGUUACAACAUCCCCAGCAGCUUGGUCGACAUCCUGUAAAGAAUGUUUCCGUUUCAGAGGGUCCAUAGAGAGCUGGAAAGAAAAAACACAAAAAAACUUAUGUAACACCCGCUAGAAAUUAUUAGUAUUAUUGAUUGGGAAAGACUUGGUGAAAAGGUCACCACUCUUGGUGUCUUUCAGUGUGUGCAGUGUUUACUGUUGAUGUAAAUCAUAUCCAGAAUGCAGCUGCAAAUGUUUGUUUAUUUUCCCCCAAAGGCUGAAAGCAACAUUACAAGCAAAAGGUAUCAUACUUGAUUUUAAAGCUAGAUUUACUGUAAUUUUAUUGAAGAAUCUCUACUCUUAGAGUGUGUCCAUAGGGAAGCUAUGCAUGUCCUGUUCUUGUUAAGCGGUGCAAUCACAGGUCUGUUGAUAGUGCUCUGUAAAAGUGCUCAAGCAAAAAUUUUAAAAGUGUGUACUUGUCGUCAUUUUGUGCCCACAGCUGAAACCUCCUAGCAUCUACUGUAACCAGCACUGUGGUUUGUUAUUGAGUCAGUGGUUUCCAGUGUGAAUCAAGUUGUUGGAAUCUGCAUUUUGUUUCAGUGGUUUUAUAACAACCCCCCUCCUAGUCCCGCCCUUCUGCCUGGCUUUUCCCAGUCCUUAUGGCGGAGCUGACAGUGCUCCAAUACCAACGCCCCCCCACCCCCUCUCCCCGUUUCAUAGGCUGCUUGUCACUCACGCUGACCUCUCCUCUUUUUGGUUUGACUGGUUAGCUUGUCGAUCGUGUUUACUCUACUGUUUCUCCCAUCUGUACACCUGCCCAUCUCCUGAAAUGCCUCAUUGCAUGGCAGACUCACUGCUAGAGCAUUUCCUGUGUGGAAGAUGAUGUGUUUUACUUCUGUAACUGUGAUUUUAAUGUUUCCAUCUGUCUGGUCCAAAGCAAGAAACAGAAACUACCCACCCAGAGCAAGGAAUACAACGGUUCACUUCUGGUCUUGCACAAGAUAUUGUUUGAUUUGCUUUUUAAUUUUAUUAUUUAUAUAUUUGUUUGGUUGGCUGUUCCUUUGUAAACCGAAUCUAACUUAUUGCCUUUUAAUUUAGGAAUGUAAGGGGUUUGUGACUGGGAGAUGUGCAACAGUCUACUGUAUGUAAGUGUGUGUUACCACCUUGCUGUCAUCCAUAAGGAAUAGAUAUUUGCACUCAAAUACUGGAGACACUAAAAGUUUAUUUGAAAUAAAGAGGUUAUUGAAGAAGUAA